UAGUUAUUAUGAUACAUACAAUAGAAAUUCCCUUUAAUCUCAACAUUUUUGAUCAAAAUAUUGAAUAAGGCGUCAAUCAUCAAUCAAUUGUCACUAUCUAAUCUCACUAUUUUGGGCAUAUAAAGACAUCCACCACACAAGUUUUUGCGCUGGUGGAGGCAGCAUUCGGUCAUGGAAUGAUGCUGACGCCAACAAACAGAGCAUCUUUGUGGAGGUACGAUGACUCCCAGCCACACGAUUACGAGGACAACGAAUUUUUCUGCGGGGGAAUGACGGUACAAUACACCCAAAACGGAGGACGUUGUGGCGAAUGCGGCGAUAACUGGGCGAAACCAAAACCCAGAAGCAACGAGAACGGCGGCACCUACGGCAACGGAAUAGUCACUGCCAAUUAUACAGUUGGGGAUGUCAUUGAAACAUACGUAAGGCUUACAUCCAACCAUAAGGGAACGUUUGCUUAUAGCCUUUGUAUACUGGAGGAUCCGUCGCAACCUGAGACAGAGGACUGCUUCCAACCACUGAAGUUGGCGGAUGGUACAGAUUUAUACGCAGUGUCGUCAACUGAGAAGGAAAUCUACAAUCUUAUUCAACUUCCUGCGGACGUAAAGUGCGACAGAUGCGUCCUUCGAUGGCACUACAGAGCAGGAAAUAACUGGGGUCCAUGUGGGGAUGGAACAUAUGAUGAGGGUUGUGGAGACCAGGAAACCUUCAGAUCUUGUGCAGAUAUUUCAAUUUUUUAAUUUAAUAAUUUAAAAAAAUUGUAUUAUAAUAAUUAAUAGAUCAACUAAUAAAACUAUUAUUUAUUAAUA